AUGGACUGUUACUGCAUUCGAUCAGGAUAUGCAGAGUUGUGGUCUCAGAGUGAUCUACGCAAAAUUUAUAAAUCUGCAUCGGCCACAGAUGGACUCUCUGCAACUUCGUUUAUAGAUUAUCCAAAGUACAAGCCAUUUAUUAAUUCUGAUUUGCUGCGCUCCCCACGGAAACCAGUCAUUCCCUAUCCUGAAAGUAACAGCAGAGCAAUAUUUUCUGCUCUGAAGAAUCUCCAGGAAAAAAUUCGUCGGCUAGAGUUGGAACGGCUUCAGGCAGAGGAGAAUGUAAAACACCUCAGCAGAGAAACAGCAGACUAUAAAAAAGUACUAACUGAACAAAUGCAGCACAAAGAACGUGACAAGACUGAAGCAUCAAAGAAAAAUCGAGAACUGGCUUCCCAGUUGGCAGCUGCUGAGUCUCGUUGCAGCCUUUUAGAGAAACAGCUGGACUACAUGAGAAAAAUGAUCCAGCAUGCAGAAAAUGAGAAGACGCAUCUCUUGGAGAAACAGGGUACAUUAGAAAGAGAUCGGCUUCUUGAUCAAUCACAUGUCCAGUCUAAAUUGGAAAAACUGGAUAUGCUGGAAAAAGAGUACACUAGACUUACUACAAUGCAGUCCCUAGCAGAGAAAAAAAUGAAAGAGCUGGAACAGAAGCUUCAGGAGGAAGAACACGCAAGGAAGCUUGUUCAGGAAAAAGCAGCUGAGCUUCAAACAGGUCUGGAAACCAACAGAAUGUUGAUUCAAGCAGCAUCACCAUCCCUCUCUCCAAAAGCAAGAAGACCCAGGAAGAAAACUAAGCAGCCAGAUAAGAAAUGCUCUCUUACAAGCCACCUCACUACGCAGCCCCAUUACAGACUGUGUCUGGGUGAUGUCCCCUUUGUAGCUGGGAAGUCUACUAGUCCCAGCCAUUCUGUUGGUGCCAAUGUGCAACAUGUGCUACACCUGAUGAAGCAACACACAAAAGCACUAUGUAAUAAUCGUGUGGUCAAUGAUACUCCCUUAGCAAAAUCAAUCAGUGGUGUUCAUCCUGCCAGCAAAAGCAGAAGGUCAUCUCUGCCAAAGGAUUCUUCUUCAUCCCAGGAAGAGCUCUCAGAAGUGCUGCUGACUUUACAAGAUGAAUUUGGGCAGAUGAGUUUUGAUCACCAGCAGCUAGCAAAGCUUAUCCAGGAAGCCCCAACAGUUGCAGUGAGGGAAGAUCUUGAGAGGGAUCUUGAGGCACUGGUGGGAAGGAUGGAGGCAAAGGCAGACCAAAUCAACAAAGUUCGGAGGCAUCGUGCACGGCUAGAGAGACUUAAGAGAGAGUGCAAGUCCAAAAACACUUCAGCCAAACAAAUAAAAGACAGCAGGUUUCCUGUUAGUGAGGUUAAAGUAACAACUACAGUAACCACAAAAGGAAAGGAUGCUGGUCCUAUCAAAGUCAAACCUGGAGAGAAGAGUCGGAAGAAUCUUCAGUUGUUGAGAGACAUGCAAACCAUACAGACUUCGCUACAAAAAGACGAUAUCACCUGGGACUACUGACUGUUCUACUAGAGAUGUCCUUGAAAAUCUUCCCAGUCAAAAGCUUUCCCAUGUUCUGGAUAUAAAGCAGCCGCCUUUCUUACUAUGUGAAAGAGACUACUGUAUGCUAAGUGCACUUUUGAAAUAUGGGCCAAUUCUCCAUCUCUGGGUUUGAUUGUAUAUAUUAUGGCAUACUUUAAACUCACUCCAUUUUUAGGGUAUCCUGCUACUGAAUCUAAACACAGGUUUCCACCAGUUCCUUUUGUUUUAGGAUUGCAGCAGUUGCUCUUCUUCCUCUUUCGGCACACCAAACAGCACGUUUAUAUGGAUUGGCUUGUGUGAAAUGCCAGUGUGAUUUCACAGCACUGUUGCUGAACUCCUGCGUGUUGGGGGGCUUCUGAAGAGUUAUCUUUUGGAAAAAUGAUGCUGCGCCCUAAGUCUUAAGGGCUUUUGUCAGUUCUCUUGUGUGCAGCUGCUAUUAUUCAGGCUCUGAGUGUGUUUAAGGGAAAUCAGGUAAACCCUUUUAAAGGUGUUUUGCUUAACUCUCUUCAAAAAGCUUUUCUUGUUCUUGUUCUGCCACAUUCCAUUAGUCAGUAUUAAUGGCAAUGGAUAUCUGACUACUCAAAGAAGGAGGGAAGUAACUUUUCUAAAUGAUUUUGCUAAAUGAUUUAAUGUGGUUUUUUUUAAGUCUGAAAGAUGAAAUAUUUCUUCAAAAAUCAUACUUUAUGAAAAAGCUAUAGGAUGUUGGGGAUAAAAUCCCCUCUCAGUCCAUGGCUUUGGGUGGUAAAGGAGUGAGAUAAACCACAAGUGUUUUAAAUUGCAAGUGCCUCAAUCAUGCCAUUCAGUCCUGGCAUCUUGCUUUUAACUUGAAAUAUGUGCUUUGAUGAGCUAUCUACUUUGAGAAUAGUGCAAUUCAUUUUGCACUCUGACUUGCACAGCUGAGUAAAUGUUAUUUAUUAUGUUAAUAAUGUAAAGAAUUUCCUAUUAAUGGAAUGUAUAGAAGACCCAGAUUAUCUGUUUAUAAAGUUGAAAAAUAAAGCCAGCUUGCCUGUUA